GUUUCGAUAAGAUAAGCCAAUGAGGGGCUGCGAGGCUCGGAGUUGGGUACAUGAUCUGACGAUCAGCCAGCACACAACCCCUCCACACCGCAUACAGGCACAAAGUGCUCGCGCCAUCGGACCGCUCUACAUAUGACUCCCUUUCCCUAGAAAAGGCUCAACCGCCUGGCAACACUAGGGGACCGACGACGACAUGACUCCGAACUUUACUACAACUUAAGCUAGGGCGUGUAUUUCGUCACAGUGACCAUUAUAUCACAGCAAGAACUCCUCAAAACAUUACCCAACAGCAGACAAGAUGGCGCCGGAACCACGGCCCCCCUUCGCAACGUACCUCCUUCCCUCGCUCUCCUUCCCCUUCCGCCGACGCUCCUCGACCUCCUCCUACCCACCACCCUCCCUCUCCAGCUCAGCAACCUCUUCUCCCGCAACAACACCCUCCUCCUCUCCGCCCUCCGCGCACUUCAUCCUCCCCUCCUCCCCAACAUCCGCGAAAGCUGUGCUGCGCGCCGCGCUCUCCAAGAUCCCAGAGUACAGUGGACCGUUCGGGAAUAAGAAUGUGACACAUUUAGACGACGAGCAGGAAGAAGAGACCCGUGGCUUACAGCGCGCACAGCCUAAUACCCUCCGCUGCUUAAACUGCGCAACGGACAUCGCGCUCGCGAGCCAGGUGGUUAGUAAAGGCUUCACGGGACGGCAUGGCCGCGCAUACCUCGUCUCACCUCCCCCUUCUCCACCUUACACAAUCUCAAACUCAACGAAGAAAGAGGGGAAUAAGAAGGUUACUGAUUUGGUCAAUACGAAGGUGGGGAGGAAUGUUAAUAGGGAGUUAUUGACAGGGCAACAUGUUGUUGCGGAUGUGAGCUGCACGAUUUGUGGCACGGUGCUGGGGUGGAAAUACGUGGAUGCCAAAGAGGCGGCGCAGAAGUAUAAGAUUGGGAAGUUUAUUUUGGAGAUGAAGAGGGUUGUGCUGGGGUUGGGGUGGGAGGAUGUUGGUGUUGUGGGGAGUGCGGCGGAGGAUGGGAUGUUGGAUGGGAGGGAGAAUGGGCAAGCAAAAGAGGGAGAGGAAGUCGUGGUCUUUGAUAGUGAGGAUGAGGAUGAGUGUGAGGAUCUUUUCGCUGGGGUUUGGGAUCCGGAGGUGGUGGCUAAGCGGAGAGCGAGAAGGGUGGGCAGGAAGAAGGAGAGUUGAUGGUAAUGGCUUCUAAUGAGCUUUCAACGAGUCAAAUGGGUAACGUUAAUUAAUGGUUUGGAGAGCAGGAUUCGGGAGGAGCAAUGGUGCAGCAAUAUACCCAUCAGAAGGCGGCAGCAAGAUUAGAGCAAUGAGGUCAGGCGGUCUGAGUUUUCAUUCUGGAACGGAUUCGGAGUUAUGCGAUACUUAUUCACCAGCAUGGCUUAAUGUUUAGAUUCUCUCCCUAAUUUUGGUCUGGGUUUUGGCAUCGGUUGUCUUAGGAUUUAGUUAGCAGCAUAUACCCCCAUAUGAAUUACAACAAUGAUAUUACAAAGAGGAGCCAGUUG